UUUUUACAGAUUUGAAAAUAUAAGCUACUAUUCUUUACCUUUUGCCUUGUAAAAUGCUAUUUCAAAUGGAGUCAACGUGGCAGAGUGCUUGUGUAGCUUGCACAGGGUCCCUAGCACUGUAGGACAGACACAGUAGCGGUGGCAAUCAUUUAACUUCCCCGCUUUUCCAGAGGUAUGUAUCAGCAAGCAGAGCUAAUUAGCACCCAGCUUGCAUGGACAGGCAGAGAGGUACUUGGCAGAGGAAGCUAUUGAUGAGUAGGGAAAUAAUCCUGGCCACUCGCUGGUGAGACGCAGGGCCCUCCACAACAGCCUGUAUGCCCAGAUGCCUCCCUCAGGCAGAUAGCUCGUUCCCAGUUAUCGUUUCUCUGGAACUCAUACGGGCCACUCCCCUUGAUGCAAUAUCUGGGUUUGGGCAAAAAGGAGGGUGCUGCCAAGCCCGCCCAUUCGAGCAUUUGGGCCAGCUCCCCUUUUCGCAACUAUUUAAGCUUCAUUGCAACCCCGACCUCAGCACCAACAUCUGCUUCCUGCAGCAAGGUGGCUAGGAUGGACACAGAGCUUCAUUCUGGAACAGAACAGUGUCUCAGGGCAAGCUAAGUUUGCCGGAGACCCUCACACCAAACAGGCCAGCGUAAUGGUUUUUCAAGGAGUCUGGACAAGUCCGAUCAUGUGGUUUUUCUACAGCAUGACCUCAGGUUUUCUCACUGAUGGAGUGUCUGUUCUGCCUGCUCCACAGAACUUUUCUAUACAAUCAACCAACAUGAAGCAUUUCUUGAUGUGGAACCCAGUGACCCAGCCAGGGGAGACGAUAUUCUAUUUUGUGGAGUACCAGGGGGAGUAUGAGAGCCUGUACAUGAGCCACAUCUGGAUCCCCAGCAGCCAGUGCUCACCUACCAAAGACCUGGAGUGUGAUGUCACCGAUGACAUCACUGCCACGGUGCCCUAUAACUUCAGGGUCAUGGCAAUGGUGGGCUCACAAACUUCAGCCUGGAGCAACCUGGAGCACCCCUUUAAUCGAAAUACAACUGUCCUUACCCCACCCAGGAUGGAGGUCGCUGAACAUGGGCUGCAUCUGGUUAUUGAGCUGGAAGACCUGGGGCCCCAUUUUGAGUUCCUUGUGGUCUACUGGAGGAGGGAGCCUGGCGCUGCGGAACAUGUUAAGGUGGUAAGGAGUGGGGACAUUCCAGUGCACCUAGAAACCAUGGAACCAGGGGCCGUGUACUGCGUGAAGGCGCAGGCGCUGGUGAAAACCAUCGGGAGGCACAGUGCCUUCAGCCAGCCUAUUUGUGUGGAGAUGCAAGGAGAGUCUCUUCCGCUGGCACUGGCUCUGUUUGCAUUUGUUGGCUUCAUGCUGAUUCCCAUGGCUGUGCUACUCUCUGUCUGGAAGAUGGGCCAGCUGCUCCGGUAUUCCUGCUGCCCCACCGUUGUCCUCCCAGACACCUUGACAAUAACCAGUUCAUCCCAGAAGCUAAUCACCUGCAGGAAGGAGGAGGUGGACGCCUGUGCUCUGGCCGUGCCGUCCUCGGAGCAGCUCUUUGGGGUCUGGAUCUCACAGACUUGAGAAGGACCUGAUGGAUUAACAGCCUGGUCUGCAGGACUCAGAACCCUGGAUGGGAAGGGUUGUGCUUCUGUGUUCCUCUGUGGACAAAAGACAAAGAGAAGAAGUAACAGGAGCCUGCUGUGUGCAUGUCUGGCAGCAACUUCAGAGGCAAAGUGGCGUGACCAACAAGAGUGACAGAAAUAGUCUGGAGAAGUGAUUCCCAGACCUGUAGUUACCAUGUGCUCACUGAAUAACAGUGGAGAAAAUGGCUUCACUGCUGUGGACCCCCGCUCUGUCACUUGUAGCAGGGAUGAACAAGACUGUUUCAAUGGUUUCUCCCCUCAUCUCUGUAUGUGUACAAACCAGCGCUUGCAACGUGGCAAGGAAACUGGUGGCACUGUGCACAACGGUGAGUUCAGAUCUUGCGGAGUGUGGGGCAUAUGUGUGUACCAAGAGUGAUAAGAGAACUCAGCUGGAUGUAUAAUCUCAGUACUUAGGAGGAGCAGGAGAGAAAAAUCACAGCCUGGACGACACGGCGAAACUCUGUCUGAAGUAAACAACCAAACAACCAAGAGUAACACACCUUUUAUCAAACCAAACUUGGACCACUGUUGGUUUGGACUUCCCUCUUUACCAGAGGAAACCUGAGGAGGGAAGGAAGAAUGGGAGGGCCAUUUCACUUCAAGCCAAAUCCUGGCUGAAGUGAUAAGUCAGCACACUCUGCUGAGGGUGACAUCGAGGGAGGCCAUAGCCUGUCCAUGAUGGGACAUGCGUGGAUGUCACUGUGGGUUCAUGAAAUGUUAUCGGAUCCUAGGACCUUGUCCACAGUAAAUCCCACGAGCUCUCUUCCUCAGGACAAUUCACUCAGGGUUUCUCAACCCCUCCCAGAUGCUCAUCAGGAGCCCCUGACUAGUGGCAUAGCCAUUUCUUACUACCUCCAGGUAGGGAGGUAGGGGUGGGGAACAGGAUCGGUCAGAGGAAGACAAAGGGAGGCAGCUUCAUCUCUCUCUACAGAGUCAGGCUCACCACCACUUCCCAGUUCUGGAACUUGGAGCUGGUUUGCCUCUGCCCUAACUUCCUGGGCCUCUCCAGCCACACAAGGGUAGAGACAGUAUAACGGCUUCAACCAGGUGCUUCCCCUCUGUCUUCAGUGCAGAUGCCAACGGCCCUACCUUGGGGACUCCAGGAGAAAGGGCAGAUAUGCAGGGGUGUGAGCUGAGGCUCCCUGCCUUUGUUCUGUUCUGUAUAUUUCCAUCUUGACUCUUUUGUGAAGCGUGUGAUAAAUUUUAUAUUUCAACUGGUCUGGAAACAUGUGCUGUUUACAGAAUUAAAAAUUGCACACUAACAUUGGCCGUCCUCUUUUCUCCCCUCUCUUCCCUGCUUCCUUACCCCAGGGACCUCAUUCCUCUGCUACCAAAGCUCAGAAUAAAGAAAUAACCCAACCUUCCUCUGUUACAGUUUCUCAUGGCAUUCUAGCUGGUUUUGCUGGCCUCUGUAGCUACACAGAGACCUCUCUCAAUUAUUCUAUUGUCUCUUUAGGUCCCCAACCUCAGAAACAAAGCUUGCUCCUGAUGGGAGUGUAGCUACCUCCUCAAAGCUGGCUUACUCUCUCCUGGAAUCCUCUUUCCUCCCUCUACCUGUGUAACAGUUUUAACUGUCAGUUUCAUACUAUCUAGAAUCGAGUAGGAAGAUUCUGAGUGAGGGACUGUCUAGAUCAGAAUGGCCUGUGCUCACAUCUGUGGGGGAUUGUCUUGGUUAUGUUAAUGAAUGCUGCCUUUGAUCACUCGGAGGCUUCCCACAGACCCAGGUUCCCUACUUGUGCCUCACAGAACACUUAGCACCAUGCAAAAACAAAACCAGGCUUUAUGGGGCUUAGGCUGCAAUGAACAAUGGGGAAAUGAUUAAGCAAUAAGGUAUUAUUAGUAAGUGAAUUAUUAGUAUACUGAGAGUUUAUAGCGUUACAAAAAAGUGAAAAGGAUAGAGCAUAAAAUAGGCCUGGAGCAGGUCACAGCCAUCUCAAGAUGAAAAUGAACGAAAACACCGGAACCCACACUUCUGUCCCCAUGUAGCCACAUGGUGUGAGAGAUUAUGUGUGAUUUGUGUCAUAGUAACUUGGCAACAAAUCCUCAGGGGGGUGUGCUGUCUAAAACAAAAUUUAUUCAGUGUUUGUACGGUUUCUAUUGAUAGUUCUUUUAUAAGUUAUUUUCCUAAGCUAUCUGAUAAAGCAAAUGAAUAUUCUUUAUUCUUAAAGAACCUGGCUUUUGGGAUCAAAACUGUGGAGGGUCAAUUGUGGACAUCAAAAUUUGCAUAGGAACAGUGUGUUGUUAGAACCAAAUCUUUGAUGGCCAGAGUUAAUGUCAACUUAGGACAAGCUAGAGUCAUCUGAGACAGGGAACCUCAAUUGAGAAAAUACCUCCAGAAGACUGGGUUGUACGCAAGCCUGCAGGACAUUUUCUUAAUUAGUGAUUGAUGGGGAAGGGCCCGGUUCAUUGUGGACAAUGCAAUCCCUGGGCUGGUCUUCCUGAGUUCUGUGAGAGAGCAAGGCCAAUGGCCUCUGUGUCAGCAACUGUCGAUGGGUUCCUGCCCUGCUUGAGUUCCUACUCUGACUUCCCUCUGCGAUGGUUUAAAAGUGCAAGCAAAAUAAACCCUUU